GCCGCUUACUUUCUGGGGAGCUUCCCUGACUUCCUACACCUCUGUAUUGGAACUAUUACGACCACAUGCUCUCUUCCUACUCUCCUCCUUAGACCAUACGGACUUAAUCUCUCUCGCCCUAAUCAUCAUCGUCUUCCUCCUCUUGGAUCUUCUCCUCUGCCAUGGCGGGCAACAGAGGAGGCGAUGCCGGGGAAGGGGAGUGGCUCAAGGUCGCCGAGCUCAGGGCCACGGUGGAAGCCCAGGACCCCCAUGCCAAGGAAGUGGACAACCUGACGCUGAGGAGGUUCCUGCGGGCGCGAGACCACAACGUGGAGAAGGCGUCGGCGAUGCUGCUCAAGGCGCUCCGGUGGAGGAGGGAGGCGGUGCCCGGCGGCUCGGUGCCAGAGGAGAAGGUGCAAAGCGACCUCGACGACGACAAGGUCUACAUGGGCGGCGCCGAUCGGACCGGCCGCCCCAUCCUCCUCGCCUUCCCCGCCAAGCACUUCUCCGCCAAACGCGACAUGCCUAAGUUCAAGAGUUAUUGUGUCUACUUACUUGACAGCAUCUGUGCAAGGAUCCCCAGAGGCCAGGAGAAGUUCGUCUGCAUCGUGGAUCUCAAGGGCUGGGGUUACUCCAACUGCGACAUCAGAGCUUACAUCGCGGCCAUAGAGAUCAUGCAGAAUUACUACCCGGAGAGGCUCGGCAAGGCCCUGAUGAUCCAUGUACCCUACAUGUUCAUGAAGGCCUGGAAGAUGAUCUACCCUUUCAUCGACAAUGUCACCAGGGACAAGUUCGUGUUCGUGGACGACAAGAGCUUGCAAGAGGUGCUGCACCAGGAGAUCGACGAUAGCCAGAUCCCGGAUACGUUGGGCGGGAAGCUGGCACCGGUUUCCCUCAAGAACAACGCGCGAAUUAACCUUGAUUAGUAGCGAGGCUCAAUUAGCACGCAGUUAUACCGAUAAUCAAGCACAAGAUUAUACACACACGUAUACUAUACAUGGAUCGAUGGGAUGAACAAAAGAUAUGUGUAAUUGUGAAAAAUGCAGCUCUCAUAUCACAGCUGGUCUCACUGUUUGUAGCAUUGCCAUCGUCAUUUAUCUCAGUAACAAAAGCUUCUGAUCAGUAAUUACAUGUACUACUGUCACUAUGACAAGUAAAGACUCCAAUACUCCAUAUCGAAAAAAUAUGAAAAAGGGAGCCACGUGGCUAAGAAGUAUAAAUUUAUAAUAAAGUAUGCACCAUUCCUUCUAA